CCGGGUUGGAAGGGGAACCUUCGCUCAACAUGGUAGGGGACGGGAAUAACAAACAAAUCCAAGAGAUCCCCCGGCAAUCAACCAGGCGAUUCUGGCCCUGUGGUGGCAGGGGUCUCAGACAUAUUUGUAGAGAAUAGAGCUCGCACAGACCCGAAUAAAGUGGCGACAGGCACUGAAGGGCUAACACCACUGCAGGGUAAAUCAUGAUACCCAUCACAGAGCUGCGUUAUUUCGUAGACACCCAACCGACGUACCGCAUCCUGAAGCCAUGGUGGGACGUGUUCACGGACUACAUCUCCGUGGUGAUGCUCAUGAUCGCCGUGUUUGGCGGCACGUUGCAGGUCACGCAGGACAAGAUGAUCUGCUUGCCCUGCAAGUGGGUGGUCAACAAGACCUGCAAGAAGUUCUUCAACGCCACCUUGGGGGCACCUUACCUCGCAGAGCCCAAAGGUAUUCAGUACAACCUCGACCGCCAUCAGUACAACUUUGUGGAUGCCGUGUGCUACGAAAACAAACUCCACUGGUUCGCAAAGUACUUCCCGUACCUGGUGUUGCUGCACACUCUCAUUUUCCUGGCAUGCAGCAACUUCUGGUUCAAGUUCCCGUGGACGAGCUCCAAACUCGAACACUUUGUGUCCAUCCUGUUGAAGUGCUUUGACUCUCCGUGGACCACCCGAGCACUCUCUGAGACAGUGGUUGAAGAGAGCGACCCUAAAGCGCUUGGGAAAAUGAACGGAUCAUUGGAUAAAAAGGCCUCUUGCCUCAGUGAUGAUGUUGAGGCAUCCGCCCCUAUGAUUCCGCCCAUGUCUCGUUUGGAGCAAGGCAUAGUGGACCACACAGAGACCGGGGUGCUGGACAAGAAAGAGGGCGAACAGGCCAAAGCUCUAUUUGAGAAGGUGAAAAAGUUUCGAAUACAUGUGGAAGAAGGAGACAUCGUGUACAGACUGUACAUUCGGCAGACCACAGUCAAAGUUAUCAAGUUCAUUAUUAUUAUUUGCUACACAGGCUUUUACGUACACAACAUUCAGUUCCACGUUGAUUGCACUGUGGAUAUCGAGAAUCUAACAGGCUAUCGAAUGUACCAUUGCACGCACCCACUUGCCACACUCUUCAAAAUCCUGGCUUGCUUUUAUAUAAGCCUUGUCGUGGUGUAUGGCAUUAUCUGCAUGUACACGCUUGGCUGGAUGCUCCGUCGCUCUCUCAAGAAGUAUUCCUUUGAGUCCAUUAGGGAGGAAAGCAGCUAUAGCGACAUACCUGACGUGAAAAAUGACUUUGCCUUCAUGCUUCACAUGAUAGACCAGUAUGAUCCUCUUUACUCUAAAAGAUUUGCAGUUUUCCUCUCAGAAGUUAGCGAAAACAAACUGAGGCAGCUGAAUUUGAAUAACGAGUGGACACUGGACAAACUGAGGCAACGCAUCACAAAGAAUGCCCAGGAGAAGCUGGAACUCCAUCUCUUUAUGCUGGGUGGCAUCCCAGACACCGUAUUUGACUUGAAUGAGCUGGAGGUCUUGAAACUUGAAUUAAUCCCUGAUGUCACCAUACCCCCAAUCAUUGCUCAACUCACAAACCUGAGGGAGAUGUGGCUCUAUCACACGCCUGCCAGGAUAGAGGCACCUGCUCUCGCCUUUCUGCGCGAGAACCUAAAGACCCUACACAUCAAAUUCACAGACAUCAAGGAGAUCCCACUCUGGAUCUACAGCUUAAAGAACCUUUGCGAGUUGCAUCUCACAGGGAACCUGAGCUCGGAUAACAACCGCUACAUUGUCAUUGACGGACUGCGCGAGCUGAAGAGGCUCAAGAUUUUACGACUGAAGAGUAACCUCACCAAGUUACCGCAGGUGGUGACAGAUGUUGGGGUGCACCUGCUGAAGCUCUCGGUGAACAACGAGGGCACAAAGCUGAUGGUGCUGAACAGCCUUAAGAAGAUGGUGAACCUGUCCGAGCUGGAGCUUGUGCGCUGCGAUCUGGAACGCAUCCCACACUCCAUUUUCAGCCUUCACAACCUCCAAGAAAUCGACCUGAAGGACAACAACUUGAAGACCAUCGAGGAGAUCAUCAGCUUCCAGCAUCUCCACCGCCUUGUCUGUCUCAAACUCUGGUACAAUCAGAUUGCCUACAUCCCCAUACAGAUCGGCACCCUGACAAAUCUGGAGAGGCUGCAUCUGAAUCGGAAUAAAAUUGAAAAAAUACCGAGCCAACUCUUCUUCUGCCGCAAGCUGAGGUAUCUCGACCUCAGUCACAACAAUCUCACUUGUAUACCAGCUGACAUCGGGUUCUUACAAAAUCUUCAGCACUUGGCUGUCUCUUCAAAUAGGAUUGAAACCCUUCCCCCGGAGCUGUUCCAGUGUAAAAAGAUGCGCACACUGAACCUGGGGAAUAACUACCUGCAGGCGCUGCCAUCCCGCUUCGGUGAACUCACAAGCCUCAUGCAGCUGGAGCUGAGAGGCAACCGGCUUGAAGUCCUCCCCGUGGAGCUGGGAGAGUGCCACCUGCUGAGACGGAGUGGGAUAACCGUGGAGGACGAUCUCUUCAACACCUUGCCCACAGAGGUGAAGGAAAAACUGUGGCGCACAGACAAAGAACCGUCAUAAAGGUGAUACAUGUGCAGAGCUGCCAGAAAGUACAAAUAAAAGUCAAAUCCCUUCCACGUUUUCCCUCCAACACUGGUGACUUCACUGAGUGGUUGAUCCAGAACCAUGGAAUUCAGAGUUGUGUGAAGUCUGUUGGUGACAUGAUUUUACAUAGAUUCAAAUAAUACUAGCUAACAGCUGUCUGUUCACGAGAAACCACACAGAACCACCACACAGAACCAUUACAUAGCAAGCAAAGAUGAAGUAGAAAUGAAUUACAUUUGCCUUUUCCGCACUUUCUGUGUUCUACGCCUUCUUCCUGGAACUAUUAGUGGAACUAUAUCAAUUGCGAUUUAUGAAUGAAAGGGUCCAUGAGCUGCCAUUGUUGUGUAAAAAAUGGAACACAGAUGUCAAUUGGAUUAGCCUAACUCCCACUUCCAUGGCUCUGGGUAGAUCUAUCUAUGUGUCUUGAAGUCUAGUUAUGAUCAGAUGAUAAUGAGCUGGUUGGUUGGAAACGUUGCAGUUUUUACUGUCUAAACUAGUUUUACUUACCUUUGUACUCUGUACUGUCAGUAUGAACAUUUCUACCUUAACUUUAGCAAUAGAGUUGGAAAAUAUUAAUUAGACUAUAGUCUUACAUUUUUAUAUAUAAUCUUGGUCAUUUUUUAUGCAGUGUGGUGUUUCCAAUUCUGAGUGGACAACUUUACUGCAGACAUAGACCAACCAGUUUGACUAUGCAGGUGCCAUACUUGUGGCCAUAAAGUGAAGUUAACUUAUCUCAUUAAAUAUUAUAUGCUGAUUUUCUUUUCCUUUUUUAAACAUGCCAAGAAAAAAAGUUUGUGAUUAAGGUAUGGCAUGGUCCAUGAAGUUAAUUUAAGCCAAGACCCAUACAUUCAAAAAGAACUGCAUUAAUAAUAUCUCAGGAUAUAUAUAAAGCACUACCGUACAGUGCAUAUAACUGUAUAAACUGUUUAUCACCUUGAACAAAUAUCUCUUGUUGAACUGCUGUAAUAUUAAUAACUUAUAUAUGCACCUCCUCUACAACACGUUUACACUGUUUGAUAAAUGCAAACCAAUUCCGAAAAUUCACUUUUAAAUGGCAUACAUUAUUUUGAGAAAUGUCAACUUAAUCAUAGACAACUGCAGACUGUGACAGUGAAGUGAAGUAAUUGUCAAUUUGUCAAAUACUUUUUCUUUUUUUUUCAUUAGGUUGUCUAUUUUUGGAUCUGAGUGAUCUUUAGAAUCUCCUGUGUUCAACUAACUAAAUACAUGUACUUUCAUAAUUUAUUUAUUAUAAUUUAUUUCUAAUAUUUAGAUUUUUCAGUAGGUAACAAUCCCUCUUGACUAACUCAAGAGGUCAUGUAAGCAUUUGUAGGCUGAGUUUGUUUUUAACAUUGUGUUAAUUCCACCGUGGCACUUUAAGAUCGCUUGAAAUUGCUGCAGUGACUGGAAUCAUUGCAGUAUGUUAGAAGGCAAUUUAUGAACUACUUUUGCACAUCCUUCCUCCCCUUAAGGCAUGGGUGGGUGUAACGGAGGCCAACUAGCAGAGUGUGGCAUGGAACGUUAGUAAACAUCCCUCUCGAAGCCUCAUUCAGUAUCAAUAGCGCUGAGCUAUCGGACUGGUCCUUAAGCCCAGCAGUAUCAUGCUGUGUCUCCCAUGUCCAACUUGAGGUGGCAAGUUCAAGCCCUGAGUGGCAGACUGUGCAGCAACACUUCAGUUACAUUGGUGCCAUUGACCUGGAAUGGGAGUGAGAUUUUGGGCCUUAAGUGUAACAGAGGCCAACUAACAGAGAGCGGCCUGGAAGGUUAGCAAACCUCCCCCUGAAGCCUCACACAGUAUCGGUAGCGCUGAGCUAUCGGAGUGGUACUUUAGCUCAGCAGUAUCGUGCUGUGCCUCCCAUGCCGAACUGGACUGUUGACUGGGGAGUUCGAGCCCCGAGUGGCAGACUGCACAAGAAUACCUCAGUUACAUGGGCAAACUAAGGCCGAAAUGUGGCCCUCUGCUCUGUUUCAUGCAAUCCGCCAUGAAGUCAACAGAAAAGUUAAAUGUUGACUGAACAUAAGGGAAGUUAUUACAUUAACCCAAAAUUAGAUAUUAUAUCAAUCACACAGCUUAGUUUCAGAACUGGUUUGCAAGCUCAUCAAAAAGUGGAGCACAGCAGACAGCUAGAAGGAUAUACAAACGUGGCCACUCUUUCACUAGACACUGGUUGUCAAAGAGUGCUCUUCAAUUUGCAUUUGCUCCUGGAAAGCUACAGUAGUUCGUCAGAAUGUGGCCAGCAAAAGGUUUGCCCACCCCUGCAGUAAGACAUUUCUAACGGGGGCCCAAAUUGUGCACUGGUGCCCCCUGCUGUCAAAUCUACUUAGAAUUGAGAAUUGCACCUGAAAUUACUAUUAUACAGCAAUAAGAGUGCUUACUUUGGGCCAUAAUGUACAUUGAGAAUGCUUGUUAUUCUUUUAGGAUCAUUAGCAUUAUUGGUUGUUUGGUAAUUAACAUUACAUGGGGGUACAGAACUGAGAUUGAUUGUGUUUUUAUGGCAUUUGUAUUCAAGAGUCGGUGUGGAUUUUUUAAAUUUCCUGAUGCACUGGAUGCUCUCUCUGGACUCUCUAUCCUCAUUUCAUCCGUAUUUUCAAGACAUUUCUGAAAACAAUUUAAGCUGAUUUACUGUUUGCAGCUGUUUAUUUAUGUUUUACAACACUGUGAAACCUGAAACUUAGUUUUGGAAUACAUUACCUUUUUUAUUAACAGUAUGGUGUAUUUUCUAUGCGUUGUCAUGUCGUGACUGAAUUUCCUCGCCAAUGUUCAGUUACGAGUCCGUAGAAACUUUUGGAAGCAGUGUUAGAGCAGACAUGGAUCAAAUGGAGUUUAAAAUAGUUAUUUUCAGAAUAUUUGCUGCCACAGUUGUAUGUUGUGUUGAGAAGUAUGGAUAUUUAUCAUAUUGUGUAAAUCUUAUUUCCCCCUAUGCUCAUGUGUAUAAAUGUACCUUGUCUUAUAUUACCUUUACUCAUACAGUAUGAGUACAUGAUAACAUUUAAAAAAAUCCACUGUAUUCAAUGCAUCUGACUGGAAAAAAAUAAAACUUGAUGAAUUGCACACUUUGUAUUGUUAACUGACAU